GUAAAUUUUUUAAAUGUCAAACAACCGCCAUAUCAUCGUCAUGUCAAAUCACGCGUAAUACACAUAACCGUAUGAAAAAGAAUUACUAAUAAUUUCAACGGAGUCCAUUUACAUUUAAAAUAAGAAUGGAAAGAAGCGCAAAUCUCGUGGACUCGUUUGUAAAGAUGAACACAAAACUGACAAGAUUGAGACAGCACACGCGGAAAUUAGUCCGGGAGGAAAAUGCAAUGAUUGAAGGAAACGAAGGUAGCUGCUACCUUCACACUGAAGAAUCCGACGAGGUGAAAAUUGAAAAGUCAUCGUGUCCUGAGUGUCAAGGCAUUCCAGACGCCGGGAAGAAGGUGCCUCACAUCAGUGACCUCUGCUCUGCUGACAAGCAACGUAUAGCAGAAUUAGUCAAAACACUCGCAGAAUGUACUCAAGAGAAGCAUAAGCUCGAAGACGAAUUAUCAGUAUGCAAAUCGGAAAACGAGGCUCUACAAGAUCGAUUUCAGCUUCGAACUUCUGAAUACGAAGCUGAUAAAGAUAGAUUGAAGUCUAAGCUUUCAAAUGUUACUACGGAAAUGGCUAAGUUAAAGAUUCAAACGAGCCAGUCGCUGGAACUCUUAACGCGACAAUUUAGCAUGCAAGAGUCUCAAUUCACGAAACUUACCGAGACGGUAAGAGAUUUAUUAGGUGAGAAAAUGCAACUUCAAAAUAUACUUAUCGAACGAGAAAUGAAAGUGAGCGUCGCUGAGGCAAAGCUGGAAAGAAUGAAGGAGAGUAUGGAAAUGGAGAAACUUAUUUUUCUGAAAGAACAUGCCAAGAAUGUUACUCAAAGAUUCGAUAAGUCUUGCCAAGUGUCGCCAUCUUGUCAAACUGUCAUCACACUUCCAUCCUACUGUCAAACUCCUUCGGUCGAUCGAACGAAUUCGAAAAAGGAUUUACCUAGGACAAGACAAACGAAAAAUAAAGACGAUCUCGAGGCACCGACUACAGAAGGAUUACUCUUGCGUGAAUUAUUCUACAAAUCUUCGAACGAGCCUGAAGUUUUGAAUAUAUUUCCAAUACUGCCACAACACUGAGUCGAAACGCGAUGCUUGCAGACCUACACGAGCGGUAUCUUUGGGAAUAUUGUCAUGGUCGCAGGAACCGUUAUAACUGCAAUAAAAUUUCACAAUGCUGAAACAAGAUAACUUUUAACGAGUAUUUCGAAUACGAUAUUGAAAUAUGUCGUGAACCGAAUAAAAGGCAAUAUAUGAAACCUUAGAAUGUAUACGUACAAGUUCUUGUCAUUGUUAAUAUAUGCAUGUUUGUUU